AGUGAGGCCGGUGUGGCUGCGGGCUGUGGGCGGUGCACAGCUUCAGUCUGGCGGCUCGCCCUCAGUCAGUCAGUCGGUGUGGAGGAGAGCGGACGGAGCGGAGCUGCGCACCGUGACCCGGGAUCUGUACUAUACACACAGACACACACAGACACACACACACGCGCGCGGCAGCGAGACCAGAACCGAGCGACCGGCAGGCAGGCAGGCAGGAGCCGAGCAGCAUGGAGCUGUGAGCUGCGGCCGACCCGGGACCUGCUCCCCAAACACCACUGUUUGAUUUGUUUAUUUACCGCAUCUACGAGCUUUCUUUCCCCAACAUGGAGACUGCAGGCUGCAGGCUGCCGCUGGCUGCACUCCUCAUCCUCCUCUGCCAGCAAGUUGGAGGAUAUGGAUACAGGAACCAACGCAAGUUCUCAGAGGACAUCGAGUGGUCGUACGCAGGAACUUUAAAUCAAAACAACUGGGCCAAGAAGUUUCCCUCCUGCAGCAACGCCAAGCAGUCUCCCAUCAACAUCGAGGAGAACCUGGCUCAGGUAAAGCUGCAGUACCAGAAACUGAGGUUUGAGGGCUGGGACAGUCUGACGACCGACAGGACGAUCAUCAAGAAUGAUGGCAAGACGGUGGCGGUCAAUGUGGAUGGAGAGUACUACGUCAGCGGAGGUGGUCUCAGGUCAAAGUUCAAGGUGGGACGUAUCACCUUCCACUGGGGGCGCUGCAACGCCUCCUCAGAGGGCUCUGAGCACGGUCUGGAUGGAGUCAAAUAUCCUCUGGAGAUGCAGAUCUACUGUUAUGAGGCCCAUCGCUUUGGCUCUUUAGAUGAAACCAUCAAGGCUGGAGGCAGAAUCACAGCGCUCGCCGUGCUGUUUGAGACGAGCAUUGAAGACAAUGUGAACUUUGCUCCCAUCAUAGACAGCAUCAACAGCGUGAGCAGACAUGGAAAGAGCGCCGAGGCUAUACCCUUCGCUCCGCGAGGCCUCCUGCCAAACUCCACAGAUAAGUACUUCAUCUACAACGGCUCUCUGACCACGCCGCCCUGCAGCGAGACCGUCGAGUGGAUCGUCUUCAAGAACACAGUGGCCAUCUCUGACGAACAGCUGGAGAUGUUCUGCGAGGUGAUGACUAUGCAGCAGGCCGGAUACGUGAUGCUGAUGGACUACCUGCAGAACAACUACAGAGAGCAGCAGCAGCAGUUCAUGGGUCAGGUGUUCUCCUCCUACACCGGCACAGAGGAGGUCCUCACACCAGUUUGCAGUUCGGAGCCGGAAAACAUCCAGGCGUUGCCCUACAACCUGAGCAGCCUGCUGGUGACGUGGGAGCGGCCCCGGGCGGUGUAUGACGCCAGCAUAGAAAAAUACUCUGUCAGCUACCGAAAGGCCGAUGCAGAAGACACUGCUGCUUCUAUAUACCUGACUGACGGGGACCAGGAUGUGGGGGCGAUACUCGAUGACCUGUUAGCCAACACCAGCUACAUGGUCCAGGUGGUGGCAGUCUGCACCAAUGGUCUGUACGGACGUGUGAGCGACCAGCUGCCGGUCGACAUGCCCAUAGAUGACCCCGAAAAUACACUGGAUCCAGAUUCUGAUGAAUUUGAUGACGAGGACAACUAUGAUCCCGAUCUGUCCUGGAAUGAACCAGUCCAAACUGAGGAUUAUGAUCUGGCCUGGAUGCCCACAAACUCCCCGAAGACCACGACUCCUGCAUCACCUCUUUUACGUCUACCUGGCAUCAAAACCACAACAGAAGAAUCAGGUUUGACCACAACUGAUCCAGUUCCUCCGGUCAGAUCCACCCAGACUGGUCAAGUCCAGAGUCAUUCUGAAGAGACAGUACACCGCAGUUCCUCCACACGUCCACCAGAGGUCACCCUGCAACCAAAAACCAGAGGAGAUGCUGACUUCAGUGGCAAUGCUCCCUUUUACUCCACAACCACCACCAAUGAAGGCUUUAUUUCCACUUCCAGUACUCCUGUGUACUCCAAUGCAAAGACAGAUGGUGCUCCUGGAGGAAUCAGUCCAGACUCAGAGGAUAACUUUGACAAAACAAAAGGUGGUGUCAGUACCACUGCUCCUACAUCCAACAACGCAGAGACAAAAGGUGGUAAAAGUAUUUCUUCGUACAGCCCCACCACGACCACACUGAGGUCUGGCACCAGCGACAUGAGCAGCACAACAACAUCCUCAUCCUUCAUCCAGGCUGAGGUUGACCAAGGCCUGGGGCGACCCUUAAACAAAGACACCACAGAUGGAGGUGUGUCUGCCGCACCUGGAGGUCUUCCAGAGAUCCAAACUUCAACCACCCAACCUUCCUCCUCGGGUGAAGCUGUUGAGCGUAGGCCCACAACUCCCAGCAUGCCUCGUUUUUCGUCUACCACGACCUCUGUCCGGUUGAGUGGCGUUCUCUUGCAGACCACACAGCCGCUGUCUAACGGUGAGCGUCCCUCUGUCCUCCCCUCCACCUCCUCUUCUUCCUCCUCCUCCCCUCUGUGUGACACUGCGGACCCCUCCACCUGCCUGCAUGACCCUCCCUCCUCGUCUUGGCCUGUGUUGUCUGCCUACGCAUCGGACUCUGAGCAUGCCGCUAGCACUCCGCUGUCUAGCAAAGACCUGGCUUCUCCUUCAACCCCCACACUCUCUGCCUCCACCCUGCCCCACCUCCCCCACCCUUCACACCCCCUGUCUGGUUGGGAGACUGACCCCGUGUUCCCCAGUGUUGGGUUCGAUGAUAGCGAUGGUGAUUUGUUAUCUGGGUCUUCAUCUUCGUCGGUCUCCUCAGGUGUCCCCUCAGUGUUUACCGAUACCCCUCCUCUCCAAACGGUGCCAGAUCCAUCUAGCACCACCGUCGCCGCCGAGCCUUCCGAAUCCUCCUGGGAUCCGUCACUCUCAGCAGUCUCUCUGUCUCUAAGCCCCACACUUCAGCCUUCAGUUCUCCUCUCUAGUGACUUCACCCUCUCUGGCACAACUCCGGGCUUAUCCCGUCCUUUCUCAGUUGGGUUUGAGGACGCAAGGUACGCCACGGGGAGCACAAUAGAGUCUUUUCUCCCUGAAGUCAGCGGUGAUGGGUUUCCGUUAGCUAGUGACAUGGACCCCAUGUGCGGCUGUUCUCUGGAGCCGUCGGCGUCCUCGUCCUGGCUGCAUGCCUCUCCUCAUGUACCCCUGCCGUCCUCAGCCUGGGACUCUGCUAGCUUAGAGCUUUACUCUAGUGUGGGCUCCCUUUCAGCCUCUGGUGUCGGUGUAGACGAUCUUCUACGCUCUCUGUCUGUGGCGGGUUCUGAUGGUCUGUCCUCAGACCAGCCUCUGCUCUCCUAUAGUGCUAUUUCUCCCUCAUCGUCCUCUUUACACUCCUACCUUCUCCAAGUCACCCAUAGUGACCUGCCCGUUUCUGUUGCAGCCACGGCGUCUGCCGUCAUGGAUCCCUGGUUCUCAGCAUCAGACAGGACCUCCACCCUCCAAACCUCUGUCCUCCCUAACUCACCCACAGCCUCCCCUUUCACCCCCACCCCAGAAGGACAUGCGUUAGACACUAGCAGCAGUGCCUCCGGCUCGGCCCUGUUCCCUGACUCCCAGGAGGGCGUAGAUCAGGAGUGGGACAGGGUUCAAAACUCAGCCUCAGGAGAGAGCGCGUUCCCUUACUCAACCAAAGUCACUAAUGUCGUCCCCCCGUCUACGACUUCUGAGUCUGGCCAGUCCCCGGAUGAUUUGGACGAACGCUCCUCAGCAUUCUAUUUUGAAAGCGAGAGCGGCAGUGCCAUGACCUCGGAGGUUGGAAGCACAGCGACGCCAACCAUUCCUACGGUAACCUCGGCUUCACCCUGGUCGCUGGGUGGGGAGGAGGAGAGCGGCUCAGGGCAGGGUGAAAGCCUGUAUGACAACGAGACGUCCUCUGACUUCAGUAUCUCCGAGCGCACAGAAAGAGAGUCGGAGGAAGAGGAGCCAGUCGCAGAGGCCAGUAACAGCAGCCAUGAGUCCAGAGUCGGUUCGAUCCGGGACAGAGAGAGGAAGGCUGUGGUUCCUCUGGCCGUCAUCUCCACCCUCACCGUCCUCGGCCUGAUCGUCCUCAUCGGUAUCCUCGUCUACUGGAGGACCUGUUUUCAGACGGCUCACUUCUACAUCGAUGACAACUCAUCACCCAGAGUCAUUCCACCAUCCACUGCUGCGUUAACAUCUGAUGAAAAAACAGCUUUUCCAGUGAAGGAGUUUGUGAAACACGUGGCCGAGCUUCACGACACACACGGCUUCCAGCGAGAAUUUGAGAUACUGAAGGAGAGUUACGAGGAGGUUCAGUCGUGCGCGGUGGACAUGGGGAUGACGACUGACAGCUCCAACCAUCCUGACAACAAGACUAAAAACAGAUACAGUAACAUCCUGGCCUAUGACCACAGCCGAGUGCGACUCUCGCCGCAGGCCGACAAAGAUGGGAAGACGAGGGAUUACAUCAACGCAAACUACGUGGAUGGUUUCAAGAAGCCGCGGGCGUACAUCGCAGCUCAGGGUCCUCUGAGGUCGAGCACCGAGGACUUCUGGAGGAUGAUCUGGGAGCAAAACGUCUGCGUCAUCGUCAUGAUCACCAACCUGGUGGAGAAAGGAAGAAGGAAGUGUGAUCAGUACUGGCCGGUGGAGGUGCAGGAGGAGUUCGGCAGCUUCCUGGUGACGAUGAAGAGCAGCAGAGUGCUUGCCUACUACACCCACAGGACCUUCACUGUCAGGAACACACACGCCAAGAAGGGCUCUCAGAAGGGGCGAAGCAAUGAGCGGACGGUGACUCAGUACCAUUACACCCAGUGGCCGGACAUGGGCGUCCCAGAGUUUGCUCUACCACUGCUCAGCUUCGUCCGCAAGUCGUCCAAAGCCAGGACGGAUGACAUGGGGCCGAUGGUGGUGCACUGCAGCGCCGGCGUGGGCCGGACGGGCACAUACGUGGUCCUGGACAGCAUGCUGAAGCAGAUGAGAGAUGAAAGCACCGUCAACAUCACAGGAUUCCUCAAACACAUCCGCAAACAGAGGAACUAUCUGGUUCAGACAGAGGAACAGUAUGUUUUUAUCCACGAUGCCUUGGUGGAAGCCAUCUUAUCCGGAGAGACGGAGGUGGCGGCAGCUCACCUGCACAGGUACGUGGAUGAGCUGCUGAUCCCGGGGCCUGCUGGGAGGACGCGCCUGGACAAACAGUUCAAGCUGGUUUGUCACUCUGGAGCAAAGGAGUGCGACUCCUCUGCAGCGCUGCAGGACUGCAACCGCACCAAGAACAGAAACUGCUCUCUGGUACCUGUUGAGAGGUAGCGAGUACGCCUGUCUACGACGGCAGGGGAAACGUCAGACUACAUUAAUGCGUCGUACAUCGCAGGUUACAGGCAGAGCAAUGAGUUCAUCAUCACCCAGAAUCCUUUAUCUGGCACCAUAAAGGACUUC